UCGCUUAAUUAUAUCUACAAAUUGUCACAUUUGAAGAUAAAAUCGAUUACAUUUAAAGUCGAUGGCUAUCAUAUCAAUGAUAUUGAUAUACUAUCGUUAGGCCAACAAAUUGAUGGUAAACUUAAAUUAAUUAAUGUAUCAAAGUUUCCGAUAUUACCGAUCAACUGUUGUCGACACACAUACACACACACUCUCGAAGAAUGGCUAUUCCAGCAAAAGACUCGUUCGAGCGUUUCGGUGACGAUCUCACAGAAGACCUGUUAGAUUAUCUUCAGUUUGACGACAAAUUCUAUUACGAAUGCAUUUCAAGACAAUGGCAACGAUUGGUUUACAACAAAGUCAAUACUGUCGAAGUUGUCGCACAUGAAACUGAGUUCAACAAAGUUGAUGACAUGUCAUUUGAUUUGCUAAAAUGGCAGACAAUCUUCAAAAAGUGUCGAUACAUCACAACUGUAUCGAUUGAUAUUAGUUUCAACUCUACUGUUAAUGAAAUUACUGAAGAAGAUUUCGCUACUGAUGAAGAAAUCGCAGAAGAGUUUGUAUUCAUAGAUGAAAACGAUAUAAUAAAUGAAGACGAGAUGGAAAAUGAAGACGAGAACAGCGAUGAUGACCACUAUUAUGAGAUUCAACCCGAAGUAUUCAAUCGUGUCGACCAAAUCUACGAACAGAUGACUGAUUUGGUUUUCAAAGAGUGUUCACAUUUAACUCGUUUUAAAUCAAUGGCUCUAAUAGUUAGAAACGAAUCGGUGAUUGCAUUGAUCGGCAAAUUUGGUCGACAAUUAGAAACAUUUCAAUUUCCCCGUCUUAUUGACCAAUGUUUGCAAAUAACUCAGAAUUUAUCAUUAAUGCCAAACUUGAAAGUCGUGGAUAAAUCCAUUGCCAUCGAUGGCCUCAUCAGCAGUAGUACUGACGACAACCGAACGGAUCUCAUUCCUAAACGACUCAGAGUUUUUGACUAUUAUUUAGAUGACAAUAAUGUCGACAAAUUUGCAAAGUUUACCGAUAUUUGCAGCAAACGUAAGAUACCGUUAUCGAGACUAAAGUUAGAAAUCAGAGACCAAGUUAUCGAUAAAGUUAUCAAUUGUUUGCCGUGUUUCGCAUCGUUGACUGACAUCAAUAUCUAUGUUGAGAAACGACACAUCAAUAGAGAACAGUUUCGGCAAUUGCUAAACAACUGUCCAAAGCUCAAGAGAUUUGCCUACAAAUUUUCAGCUAAAUUUUCGGCGACAAUGAACUACAAGACAGUUGUCUCGGAUAUCAAUGAAGUGUUUGGCGGCACUCAUGUGUGGGCACUAUCUCUGGCUUUUGUUGAAAUCCCUAUAGACUUUGAGAUGACCUGCGAUAUGUUGAACCGAUGUCGACAAUUGAGACGAUUGACACUGUCUUGUUAUGACAUUAUUCGGGACCCAUUUUUUGUCAAUCUGGCCAUCAAUUUGCCAAAUCUAAGAGAUUUAUGCAUAAGCUAUGUUGAGUUGACCGAUCAGUCGCUAGAAUCGCUAUCCAAAUUGCAACAAUUGGCCACAUUUACGGUCCAUAGAUUAGAAAAUGGGAACUAUAGCGAGUCCAGGCUUAUGUAUCUCGAGAUGAGACCCAAGUUUAGGCAAUUUACUGUUACUCAUCGCUGCAUAUAUUCACAGUUUGAUUAA